AUGGCCUCCCUCACGCCGGAUGACUACACGGCCGCGUGGGUGUGCGCGUUACCCCUCGAAGCAGCGGCCGCUCGGGUGAUGCUCGACAAGACCCACCCUUCGCCCCAAGAAAUCAACAAUCAAAAUGCUUAUGAUUUUGGCGAGGUGAACGGCCAUAAUAUUGUGAUCGCCUACUUGCCAUCUGGAGUGUAUGGGAAGGUGUCCGCUGCGGGUGUGGUGUCUCGCAUGCGAGCAACAUUCCGCCAACUUCGGUUCGCCCUCAUGGUAGGCAUCGGAGGAGGAGUUCCGGGAAAUGGAACGAACGAUAUUCGACUGGGAGAUGUGGUUGUCAGCAAGCCGGGCCCGCGACACAGCGGCGUCGUCCAGUACGAUUAUGGCAAGGCCAUGCAGGGUGGCGUAUUCGAAGUAAUGGGAACGACGAACAAGCCACCGCCGGUGCUUUUGACGCAUUUGAGUCAGCUCGAGGCACGAAAAAUGACAGCGGAGGAUGGAACAGAUGAUGUCCAAGCAAUGGUCCAGCAAGUACUAGAGAAGCAUCCGCAUAUGCGCGAGCGAUUUGGCGCGCCAGAGGAGGAUGCAGACCUGUUGUUCAGCCCCUCGUAUCACCAUAUAAACGGAGAGAGCUGCGAGGAAUGCGAUAAAGGGCAGCUAGUCAAACGACAACCACGAGAGAGUAACGCGCCCCAUAUCCACUAUGGGCUGAUUGCAUCUGGGGACCAGGUGAUGAAGGACUCGGACACGCGCGAUCGUCUUGCGCAGGAGCAUGGAAUCCUCUGCUUCGAGAUGGAGGCGGCAGGUCUGAUGGACGAGCUCCCGACCCUCGUGGUCCGGGGGAUAUGCGAUUAUUGCGACUCGCACAAACAGAAACAAUGGCAAGGGUAUGCAGCGCUGGUGGCUGCGGCGUACGCGAAACUCCUGCUGUCAGCUGUGCCUGCCUAUCGUGGCUUGUCGAGCAUCAAGAACGAACAGCGGCACUGGGUCGUCCCCCUCGCACGCAAUACCAGGUUCGUCGGUCGCAACAACGAGAUCGCACUGCUGGAACACUCGGUUGCGACGCAAGAUGGACCCGGAAGAGUCGCGAUAACCGGCCUUGGAGGGGUCGGGAAGACUCAGAUUGCUCUUGAACUGGCGUAUCGCAUAUACGACCGAGACAUGGAUUGCUCCGUCUUCUGGAUCCCGUGUACCAGCCGGGCAAUUGUUGAACAGACAUUCCUCGACAUUGCACAAGCCAUUGGACUUGAUUGCACGAAUCCCGCCGAGGUCAAACAACAGGUCAAGGUCUACCUCAGCUCAGAGAAAGUGGGACAGUGGCUUCUGAUCUUUGAUAACGCCGACGAUACAGAAAUGUGGCUGGAAACUCCGAGUUGCCAGGGCCCACCCCUCGAGGACUUUCUGCCUCGGAGCAGAAAAGGUCGAAUAGUGUUUACAACCCGAAAUCGCAAACUCGCCAUGAAGUUGGCGCCCUUCGAUCUGGUCCCGAUUCCCGACGUGGAUGAAGCGACAGCAUUCCAGAUCAUGCAGAAGAUGUUAGGACGUGACUUGGUUGCGGAAGGUGCUGCCCGAGCGCUCCUGGAACAACUUGCCUUUCUUCCAUUGGCGAUCACACAAGCCUCGUCAUAUAUCGUUGAAAAUGGUCUAGAUCUCUCGACAUACCUUGCAUUGUUUCAAGAGAAAGAACAGGACGCUGUGGAACUUCUUAGCGAAGACUUCAGAGAUUCAGGGCGGUAUAGAGAUAUACAGAACCCUGUGAUUACCACCUGGUUGAUAUCAUUCCAGCAAAUUCAGCAGCAGAACUUGUUGGCAGCAGACUACCUGUUCUUGAUGGCCAUUAUCAACCCACGGAACAUUCCAUUAUCCAUUCUACCUCUCCAAGCCACGAAGAAACAACAGCUAGAUGCUCUCGGGCUACUGAGCGGCUACUCAUUUACUACCAGUCAGGGGAAAAGCCUUAAUUUGCACCGACUGGUGCACAUGGCAACCCGGAACUGGCUUCGGCAGAAGGGUUGGUUUGAUCACUGGGUUCGAGAAGUCACCAUCCAAAUGGACGCCGUUUUCCCCGACGAUCACCACGCGAAUCGGGAGCUAUGGAGAGAAUACCUUCCCCAUUCUUUAUCGCUCGUGCAACAGGAGGCUUUUGUUCUUCAGGUGCCCCCCCAUUAUGGCCUGAUAGAAAAAAUCUCAGAUUGUCUGACGAGUGACGGGAGGCACUCUGAAGCCGAGACCUUGUUGAAGAUGCUAGUAAGCAUCCAUGAGCGGGAAGACGGUCCAGCGAAUCCCUUGACUCUGAGCAGUAUGGUGCCGCUUGUAGUAUGCUACUUCGUGCAGGGGAAGUGGAAAGAAUGCGAAAAGCUCCAGAUUCACAUUCUGGACACACGGAGAAAAGUUCUAGGAGACGAACAUCGCGACACUAUUGUCAGUAUAAGUCAGUUUGCGACGGUCUAUGCCUAUCAAGAGCGAUGGGAUGAAGCCGAGAACCUGGCGUCGCAGGCACUGGAACUUAGCGAGCGCGUCCUCGGGCCAGAAGACCCAACGAGCGUCCUGUGUCAAAAGCGGCUGGAAUUCAAAUAG